AUGGCGACGGCGGCCGGACGCGGGGCAGGCUCAGUGCGCAUGCCCACUGCCCUCCGCCGGCCGCGCUUCCGCCCCCAAAAGGAAAGGCGGCGCGCGCCGGGCUGUGACCCCGGGGAGGACUCGGCCUCCGGCGGCCGCCGUCCGGGGGGGACAUGGGUCGUGGGUGUCUCGGGGCGCGGGGGCGCCCGGCCUUCGGCGUUCCGGCGGACGAACCGGGGCUCGGGACCGGCCUGCCCGCCCCUCUCCUCCCCGCACUCCGGCCGCAGUGUGCGGGGCCGGGGCGUGCGCGGGGCCGGGGCGUGCGCGGGGCCGGAGCGUGCGCGGCGGCGGCGCUGGGGCUGCGGCCUCGGCCCACAGGGGUGGACGGCUGUGUCCAGACGCGGGCCGGGGCAGGGCGGGGGCGGCCUUAGGACCAUGGAGGACCGGGCCCAGGAGAAGGCCGCAGGGUGGCCAGACCCGGGCCGGGAGAGUCUCAGGGCCCCACGGACCCCGCACGGGUCCCGCAGCCCGGCUCGGGGCCGCCCCGCACGUUCCAGAAGCCCCACUGGGCAGUGCUGCGGUUCGGGGCCCCACCAGUCCUCAGCCUUUCCCGACCCCUGGCAGACAGCACUUAUGGGUGUAGGUCACAGGCUCUCCCAAGAAGGGACUUUUCUGGGCCAAGAUGGGGCGCCAUCGCUGCCGGCGGGCGCGGGGCAGGGCCCUGCUGGACCCGAAGCUGGACAGUCAGGACCACCCCGAAGCACAGGAUCUCUCGCCCGUCUUGCCCUAACACAUUCCGGAGUACAACGUGACACGCAUUUCCUGCCUGAAAGAGACGAGCAAUUUUAUUCAUUUGACGAAAAGAGACAGCGAGAGAGGAAACACAAGCAAGGGGAGAAGGAGAGGCAGAGGGAGAAGCAGGCUUCCUGCGAGGCAGGGAGCCCAAUGCGGGGCUCGAUGAAGGACCCUGGGAUCAUGACCUGAGCCGAAGGCAGACGCUUAACCCACUGAGCCACCCAGGUGCCCCCCACAUAGAACUUUCUAGAACCAAAACUAUUUGGAAACUGAAAGAAUGGCCUCGGAGGGAGUGAGCUCCUCGGCCGGCUGCCCUAGGAUGGCCAGUCUUCUAGAUUUGGAAAUCAUGUUUUCCAGUGAGGUGGGCCAUGUUUCCUGUCUCGGAGCCUGUCCUCAAAUGCCUGGAAGUCCCAGAGGCAGGUGCGUGUGCCUGCUGAGCUCCCAGAUCCUUCACCAUGGCUGUGGAGGGAAGUAACGUUCUGUACCUGUCACUCCUUGCCUGAAGCUUCUCAAGUAGCCUCCCACCUCCUUGCACGUCCGCUCCUCACAUGGUGCUGAGAACAAAAUGUGUGCCCAAUAUCCUCCGGCUGGUCAAGUAAUUCUCUCUGCUUCACAGUGCUGACCGACACGAAGCUGGGAACUGCGGCUUUCUGAGUGCAUCCAGCAUUCCAGAAACUCACUAGUAUCCUCUACACAUGACCUCACGUAACGGAAGGAACACAGAAUUUGAUGGUUUUUUUGGUCCAUAUAUUUAUUAUAUUGAGUGUUCCUCUUAAAAAUUUUUAUUAACAUAUAAUGUAUUAUUUGCUUCCAGAAUAUAGGUCUGGGACCUGUCACCAUAGCACAUACCCUCCCCAAUGUCCAUCACCCAACCACCCCAUCUUCCCACCCCCCUCACUCCAGCAACCCCCAGUUUGUUUCCUGAGAUUAAGAGUCUCUCAUGGUUUGUCUCCCUGCUUUCAUCUUGUUUCAUUUUCUCCUCUCUUCCCCUGUGCUCCUCUUGUUUCUCAGAUUCCUCAUAUCCGAGAGAUCAUAUAAUUGUCUUUCUCUGAUUGGCUUAUUUCACUCAGCAUAAUACUCUCUAGUUCCAUCCACAUUGUCGCAAAUGGCAAGAUUUCAUUUCUUUUGAUGACUGCGUAGUAUUCCAUUGUGUAUAUAUAUAUAUAUACUACGUCUUCUUUAUCCAUUCAUCUGUUGAUGGACAUCUAGGUUCUUUCCACAGUUUGGCUAUUGUGGACAUUGGGGCUAUAAACAUUAGGGUGCACGUGUCCCUUUAGAUCUCUACAUUUGUGCCUUUAGGGUAAAUACCCAGUAGUGCCAUUGCUAGGUAGUAGGGUAGCUCUAUUUUUGACUUUUUGAGGAACCUCCAUGCUGUUUUCCAGAGUGGCUGCACCAGCUUGCAUUCCCACCAACAGUGUAGGAAGGUUCCCCUUUCUCUGCAUCUUCUCCAACAUCUGUCUUUUCCUGACUUGUUAAUUUUAGCCAUUCUGACUAGUGUGAGGUGGGAUUUCAUUGUGGCUUUGAUUUGUAUUUCCCUGAUGCCGAGUGAUAUGGAGCACUUUUUCAUGUGUCUGUUGGCCAUCUGGAUGUCUUCUUUGCAGAAAUGUCUGUUCAUGUCCUCUGCCCAUUUCUUGAUUGGAUUAUUUGUUCUUUGGGUGUUGAGUUUGAUAAGUUCUUUAUAGAUUUUGGACACUAGCCCUUUAUCUGAUAUGUUGUUUGCAAAUAUCUUCUCCCAUUCUAUCGGUUGUCUUUUGGUUUUGUUAACUGUUUCCUUGGCUGUGCAAAAGCUUUUGAUCUUGAUGAAAUCCCAAUAGUUCAUUUUUGCCCUUGCUUCCCUUGCCUUUGGUGAUGUUUCUAGGAAGAAGUUGCUGCGGCUGAGGUCAAAGAGGUUGUUGCCUGUGUUCUCCUCAAGAAUUUGGGUGGAUUCUUGUCUCACAUUGAGGUCUUUCAUCCAUUUUGAGUCUAUUUUUGUGUGUGGUGUAAGGAAAUGGUCCAGUUUCAUUCUUCUGCAUGUGGCUGUCCAAUUUUCCCAACACCAUUUGUUGAAAAGACUGUCUUUUUUCCAUUGGACAUUCUUUCCUGCUUCUCGAAAAUUAUUUGAGCACAGAGUUGAGGGUCCAUAUCUGGUUUCUCUACUCUGUUUCAUUGGUCUGUGUGUCUGUUUUUUUGUGCUAGUACCAUACUAGCACAUGUCUUGAUGAUGACAGCUUUGUAAUAGAGCUUGAAGUCAGGCAGCAUGAUGCCCCAGCUUUGCUUUUUAUUUUUCCCCUUCAACAUUCCUCUGGCUAUUCUGAUCUUUUCUAGUUCCAUACAAAUUUUAGGAUUAUUGGAACCCAGAAUUUGAAGGACAUUGACCUGGAUUACAAACUUAGGCUCUACUUAGAAAAAAACAAAACCUGAAAGUUUGCACCAAACCCGCAUGCUGGUCACAUGUGGGGAGUGUACUGGGGGACAGAGCAAGCUGUAUAUAGUUAUGGAAGUUAUUACAAUACAUAUGUGUGCCUGAUAUAUUAUGUUUCUACUAUGAAUUAUGUAUGCCAGAUGUUCAAAAAUAUUUGCUGUUUUGAAUUUUUAAGAAAUUUACCCUAUAAAAUAUAAACAAUUUGCACAUAGGCAACUUACAUUAAACUUGAAAGAUUGAUUUAUUGUAGUUUAUUUCAUUUCUUCUUUUUCAUGUAAAAAGCCCUAAAAUGGUCUCACCAACUAUACUCACAUAUAUACGUAAUGAUGACAAAUAAAUAAAAACACACAUUCCUGCAAUUAAACAUAAUAUAUACUAUAAAUAUUACAAACAGUCACGUACGUAUGUGAACUUGGUUUUCUGUUUUGGUAUUGUUCUAUAUUUUUCAGAUUAAAAACUCCCUUGGCAAAUAUAAAUCACUUUACCCGUUGACUUCCUUGGCCUGUGACCAGGGCCUCUGAGCCUUCCGACCUCUUGCUCCCGAAGGGGCAGGAACAGGAACACCUCACAGGUUAUGAGCUGAGGAGAUGGGGCAGGACUGGGAGGUUUGCCAGCAACGUAGA